UCAUCCAUUAGUAUAAAUAGACCACCAUGUAAUUGCUCUACAACAUAAACAAGGCAGUUCCCAACCUUCACCAUGUCAUUGCUCUCCUUCUUUCUUUUCUCACUACUUGCAUUCAUUGCUCAAGCUCAAGUUCCAGCGGAUCAAACUUUCAAGUACGUCAACGAAGGAGAAUUUGGGCCUUUCAUUACAGAAUAUGAUGCAAGCUAUCGUAUGCUUGAUCCCUUUGCCGCCCCCUUCCAACUUGCUUUCUACAACACCACACCAAAUGCCUUCACUCUUGCUCUACGCAUGGGUUUGAGGCGGUCGGAGUCACUCUUCCGGUGGGUUUGGGAAGCCAACCGGGGAAACCCGGUCGGCGAAAAUGCCACCCUAACAUUUGGUACGAACGGAAACCUUGUCUUGGCCCAUGCCAAUGGCAAAGUGGCUUGGCAAACCAACACCGCCAACAAAGGUGUGGUAGGCUUCAAGUUGCUUCCAAACGGCAACAUGGUCCUUCACAACUCGAAGGGCAAGUUUAUUUGGCAAAGCUUUGACUACCCAACAGACACUUUGCUCGUGGGUCAAUCUCUGCGAGCCGGGGCGGUAAGCAAGCUCGUGAGUCGUGCAUCCGAGAAAGAAAACAAAGAUGGACCUUACAGCUUGGUGAUGGAGCCCAAAGGGUUGGCUUUGUACUACAAAAGCAGCAACUCUCCAAAACCGCAACUCUACUUCUCAUUUUCUCAACGUAUUCCUAUUCAGAUGAACUCAUUGGUCCUCGUGACACUAAAUAGUGCCCCAGAAACUGAUGAAGGUCAUGCUUAUGACCUAACGCUAGAAUAUCAAGAGGCCAACUCUUCCUCAAGUGGAACCGUUUUUCUCGGUAGGCCUAAAUACAACAGCACAUCGACGUUCCUUAGGCUCGGAAUCGAUGGGAAUGUCAAGCUUUACACUUACAACGACAAGGUGGAUAUCGGUGCAUGGGAGGUGACCUUCGCUCUUUUUGAUAGAGAUAAUUCAAUAUGGGAAACUGAGUGCCAAUUGCCCGAGCGAUGUGGGACAUUUGGCCUUUGUGAGGACAGUCAAUGUGUUGCCUGCCCUUCUUCUAAGGGACUAUUGGGUUGGAGCAAGAGUUGUGCGCCUGAGAAGCUGACUUCAUGCGAUGCAAAGAGCUUCCACUACUAUAAAGUUGAAGGAGUUGAUCAUUUUUCGAGCAAGUACACUAGUGGAGCUGCUGUGAAAGAAAACGACUGUGCUAAGAAGUGCACUUCGGACUGUAAGUGUUUGGGCUACUUUUUCAAGCAGGAUACAUCAAGAUGUUGGAUUGCUUAUGAUUUGAAAACAUUGACCAAAGUAGCCAAUUCAACUCAUGUGGGUUACAUCAAGGCCCCUAACCACUAAUUAAGUAUUACCAAUAUGGGAUAGUGUUGAGAUGUAAGCAUGUUGCAUAUCAUCACAUAUCAAAUUCUGCUUUAUGUUCUUCAUUUGAAUUUUUUUUGGGUUCUCAAAUGUUUUAGUUCUACUUGCAAUGUAUGGCUAUGAUUAUAACAUCUCAAUGGCUUUUAAUAUUCCAACUGUCAUAGCAGUUGUGUAGAGUAAGUCAUGCAUAUGUCAUGCACAUGAGUGUGUGUUGAGUCUGUGGCUCAUGGAGCGUGUGAUGCUCCAAUGGCCACUUUGUUUUUCCCUUUGUUUUCAGAUCUGUAUUCACACACAUACUGAAUGAAUAAAAAGGAGUUAUGCACUCCAACCUUCUUAUU